CUCUUCUCUCUCCUGCAUCAAUCAAAGUAAAAAUCUCACCCUCACGGGACACUGGUUUUAGCCUCAUAUAUAUCUCUCUCUCUCAACCAAGUUGUUUAAUAAAUAAUAACACUGCAAUGCAAUCUCUCUCUGGAUUUGUAUUUUUCUCUCUCUGAACCAGAAUGGCGAAAGAGCUUCUUCUGCAACUUCGUCUAUUGCUUCUUCUUCCGGAACAACGGUGUCGUUUUCUGCCUCGCAUGCCAAUGUUCAACUUCGCAUUCUGACUCUUCUUACUUCUACAUUUUCGAUCCCUUCGAUCCGUUUAGCUUCACCUUGCAUCUCGCAACCACCGACUAACUCAGCUCAGGGGUGGGAAUUCUCUUAAUUGAUGACAUGGAGCAGUAUGAAAUACUUGAGCAAAUUGGAAAAGGCGCUUUUGGUUCUGCGCUUCUUGUGAGACAUAAGCAUGAAAAGAAAAAAUAUGUGUUGAAGAAGAUUCGCCUUGCACGUCAAACCGAGCGCUCUCGCAGAUCUGCACAUCUGGAGAUGGAGCUCAUCUCUAAAUUAAGAAACCAAUUCAUUGUGGAGUACAAAGAUUCGUGGGUAGAAAAGGGUUGCUAUGUCUGCAUCAUUAUAGGUUAUUGCGAGGGAGGAGAUAUGGCGGAAGCUAUAAAGAAAGCUAAUGGUGUCCUGUUUCCUGAGGAGAAACUUUGUAAGUGGCUCGUUCAACUUCUUAUGGCUCUUGAGUACUUGCACAUGAACCACAUUCUUCACCGUGAUGUCAAGUGUUCAAAUAUCUUCUUGACAAAAGAUCGUGACAUACGGCUCGGUGAUUUUGGACUUGCCAAAAUGUUGACGUCUGAUGAUCUCGCUUCCUCUGUUGUGGGAACUCCUAGCUACAUGUGCCCUGAGCUCCUUGCUGAUAUACCUUAUGGUUCUAAAUCAGAUAUUUGGUCCUUGGGAUGCUGUAUAUAUGAAAUGACAGCGCAUAAGCCUGCAUUCAAAGCAUUUGAUAUACAGGCAUUGAUUAACAAGAUUAAUAAAUCAAUAGUGGCUCCACUGCCUACAAAAUAUUCUAGUUCGUUUCGAGGUCUUGUUAAAAGUAUGCUGCGCAAGAAUCCAGAGCUUAGGCCAAGUGCUACAGAGCUGCUUGGACAUCCACAUCUUCAAUCUUACGUUCUUAAGGUCCAUCUCAAAAUCAAUAGCCCCAGGCGAAACACAUUGCCAGUUCAUUGGCCAGAAUCCAAUUACUUGAAGAAAACUAGAUUUUUGGUGCCAGAAGAUGACCCUGUUUCUCUGUAUAGGGAUAAGCGACAUUCUUUCAGUAAUGAUCGGACUCUGAACCCUAGUGUAUCUGGAGCUGAUCAAGAUUCUUUGUGCUCUACUCUUGAAAUAGAUUGUACUCCUGACCAUUUGAAUCAAAGAUUAGCAGAACUACGUGUUGGAGAUAGCCAUGAACUGAAAUCAAUCCGGAAGCCUGCUGUUUCCAGAACUUCUAGCAUUGCUAAGACUCCAAGAUUCACUUCCUCAAAAGUCUCUGGCACCAACAAGAAAACAUUGAAAUCCUCAAAGAAUCAUAAAGAGAUGCCUCCUUCACACAGUACAACAAAAUCUGCUAAUACUAACCGUAGAGCAUCAUUUCCAUUGCCAAAAAGAGGUGGUAUUCGACAGCCUCCUUCCGGGCCCAAUGCCACUAUGAUUAGUCACGUGUCUUCACCUGAUAUCUCAGUCAAUUCUCCACGAAUUGAUAAGAUGGCUGAAUUCCCAUUAACUUCAUAUGUGGAUUCUUUGUUUCCCAUCAAUAGAACAUCAUCCUUUGUUCAAUGUUCCUCUGGCCUCCCAUCCAGCGGCAACCAUUCCACUGUGAUAGACAAAUGCACGGUAGAGGUACAUGAUAUGGCCUCAAACAGUCCCGACUGUACUGAGUCUUGGCAGGGAAUCAAACAGAGCGUUUUAAAGGAAAUUGAUGAGGAUAAAAGUGGUUCCUCUGAUCAAAAUGCAACGGCAGGUGCUUCAAGCCACACAUCUUCUGACUUGCGCCGUAGACAAUUUGACCCGUCAUCAUUCCAACAAAGGGCUGAAGCUUUAGAAGGGUUGCUUGAAUUUAGUGCAAGAUUGCUACAGCAGGCGAGAUAUGAUGAACUUGGGGUUCUAUUGAAACCAUUUGGGCCUGGAAAGGUUUCCCCAAGGGAAACAGCUAUCUGGUUGAGUAAGAGCUUCAAAGAGAAUACUUUCAACCCAGAAGAAUCCAUGUAAACUGCUAUAAUGUUUACCGUAGUCAUUUUUAGAGUUCAGUGUUUCUUCUCACAUGAGAGAAUUUAGCCAGCUGAUUUUCUUAACGUAUCUCAUUUUUUUUUUUCA